AUGGCAUACAUUUACAUUCCAUGGCUCUUGUUCUCUCAAAUCCUCCUGCAAGUAGCAAAACAUGAGGCUAAGGUUCCGGCCAUUAUUGUCUUCGGAGACUCGACCGUGGAUUCUGGAAACAACAACCGGAUUUCGACACUUUUGAAGAGCAACUUCAGGCCAUAUGGGCGCGACUUUGCUGGGGGUCAACCCACAGGCAGGUUCUGCAAUGGUCGUGUUCCUCCGGAUUUCAUUUCUGAUGCUUUUGGACUUAAACCAUUCGUCCCGGCUUACUUGGAUCCCAACUAUGGGAUUUCGGAUUUUGUCACUGGUGUUUGCUUUGCUUCUGCUGGAACUGGCUAUGACAAUGCAACCUCUGAUGUACUAAAUGUGAUACCUCUAUGGAAAGAAGUGGAGUACUACAAGGAAUACCAGGCCAAAUUGAGAGCCCAUGUUGGCCAUGACAAGGCAACAGAAAUUUUGGGAGAAGCUUUGUAUGUUAUAAGCUUGGGAACCAAUGAUUUCCUGGAGAACUACUACUUGCUACCCCGCCGGCAAGUCCAAUAUACAGUCCAGCAGUACCAGGACUUCCUCGUCGGACUAGCCGAAAACUUCAUGAGGGAGCUUUACAGUCUUGGAGUCACGAAGAUUUCCCUAUCUGGGCUCCCUCCCAUGGGGUGCUUGCCCUUAGAGAGAGCCACAAAUUUCAUAGGUCACCAUGAUUGUGUGGAGGAGUACAACAAUGUGGCUGUGGAGUUUAAUGUGAAGUUGAACAACAUGGUGGCAAAGCUUAACACAGAGCUUCCGGGAUAUAGAGUUCUGUUUACGGAGAAGGUUUAUCAGUUCGUCUAUCAAAUGAUCAGAACACCUUCCCAGUUCGGGUUUGAGGUUACUGAAGUGGCAUGUUGUUCUACUGGAACAUUCGAGAUGAGUUACCUCUGUAGUGAAUCAAAUCCAUAUACAUGCAAAGACGCAAACAAGUAUAUGUUCUGGGAUGCCUUCCAUCCUACAGAAAAAACAAAUAAGAUAGUCUCCGACUUUUUAAUUCCAGAUCUUCUGGCAUUCUUCAAUUGA